UGAAAAAUCGCAUUAUCAUCUUCCUGACGUAAGCCCUAUUAAUUUACAAAGAAAAACAAUAGAAUUCCAUUAAGAAAAAGUAUUUCUUUUGUUCAAAUGGAUGUUUAUUGAGACAUUUUUAUUCUGUGAAAUCAACCGACACGUCUCCAUUCUCUGGACUGAAGACAAUGCAUAAAAAUAUAAAAUUUUGACAUUUUUAGGUAAUUUUUCAUAAAUGAAGUGUUAUCUUUAUGGCAGUAAAGUCUCAUGGAAGCAGAAUCGAAUCUAAAUCGAGCCGGUGACAAAGACACGCGACAAUAUAAAGGAAAUGCGGUGGCAGAAGAGGAACUGAAGCCACUUUUCAAUUCUACUGCAAAUCCAAACGAAGGAAAACCGGUAGAACGAAUCGCUGCAUCCGAAAUCAAUUCUCAACAAGACUCUCCUCGACUCUUACUUCGACGAAAUGAUGGUAAUUUAGCCCUUUCGAUUCGUGCUCACUCGCCCAAUUCCAGCCCCGUGCAAAGACGUCAUAAGAAUCCCGAGGCAAAAGGUAGGGAAAGACUUAUAUAAAAGUGCUAGAAUUACAUAUAUCCUACGUCAUCAGUGAUAAUAAUCAUACGUUUUCACUUUAAUGAUGAUGGAUAAGACUGGUUUCGUCAUAAUAGACGGUUGCUAUUUUCUUCGAACUGAUUUUAAUCGAAAAGUAUCAAAAAAUUUAGGAUAAAUGUUUAUUCUCUUGGUAGA